AUAAAGUCGUAGAGUGCCGCCGGAACGUCCUUUUGGGUUCCCAUCAAUGCCAUCCGGAAAUCCAUCACAAAACAAAGUUUCACAAAAACCAAAAGCUUCCGCCAAGCGACCAAGAAACACCAAGUCGAAGUCCAAAAGAGACACAACCACCAAGAAGAAACUGAAGGACCUACCUAUUGCUGAUUGAAUGUUUGCUGCGAAGUAUCGCUACAUUCGUAUAGAUAUUAAUCAAUUCGUUGCUGAGAAAGGAAAACGAAGCAUCAAAGACAAAGACGUCCCUGUUGAGUUUUUGACAGAAUAGACGACAAUGAAUUCAAUUUUGAUGAUUUUGUGUAUGUUGCCUCUGGCACACAGUUUUGUAACGACGCCAAGCUUUGUCCGCCCUCAGACCAGUCUGUUUGCCAACAAGAAAAAGAAGAGCGACAGUUUCGACAUGAAGGAGCUAAAGCAUCGCAUCAACGAAUUGACCAAUCCCUACCACGAACUCUUUGCGGAGGACUGGAAUGUCGAGGAACGGCCCGAACAGGUUCAUGUCGUUCUCUUCAAUCCCGACACUGAAGAACAAGGAUUGCACUCAAUCGAAUACCCCGCGGGUUCUGGAAGCAACUUUGUCUUGGCCUUCUCCUCCAAAGAAGCCGUCGACAAGUUUGCAUCUACAUUGAAAGCCCAAAACUUUGCAGCGGAUCCCUCCCCCACGGUGUACGAGCUGGAUGCGUUGGAGAGCUUCUGCGACAUGCUGGGAAUCUUUGUACAGGUGGUGCCAGAUGGCAUGGAAAUCCUGCCUCCCACCAAAAAUGUUCAAACUCUAGGAAAGCACAACCGUCACCUGAAGGAGGAAAAGAACCGCUUGGAUUACAUCUUUGGCAUGUUUGAAAUGGAAGUCGAUGAGUUGGGACUCAUGGUCCCUGAAGAAGAGGAAGUUGGUGCUUGGGAGUAGCCAAACUGAUACCUUCGCAAUUUACGGUACAUUGGCAAAUGGAUCUGCUUAUAUUUUUUUGAUAUCCCGCUAUGGAUUACACACAAUUAGCUAUGGAAUACACAACCAACCCAGAGAAUCUCCUGCAAACAGCAGAGAAACACAAAUUUUAAAAGAAGUAUAACUAUAUGAUGCAGUAUU